AGUGUUUAGCAGACAGGAAGUAAAGACCUCAAGUCACUAAGCUUCUACAUGCCAUGAUGUCGACUCGUGUGCUUUUGUUUUUCUGUCUGUUUGGUCAAAUACUGGCUAAAGAAUCUCCUGAUGUGGAGUGUUUAGUGAUUAACCUGGAAUCUGUGCGUUGUAUGUGGAACCUGCAGGGGACUCCACAAGUCAACUACACCUUUUAUAGCAGGUCCGGAACUCUGGGAGGAACUAUCUGUGCUGAAUACCUGUCUGAGAAUGGAACAAGAAUAGGAUGUACACUUCCCUACAUCAAACAGCAGAGAUUCGAGCCAUUUUAUACUAAACUGUGGGACGGCAACAAGGCCGACCCACCUCUAGAUCGUGUUCCAGAGGUAAAACAUGAUCUUAGAGGAAAAGUGAAAUUAAACCCACCAACCAACCUGACAGUAAUGAAUGGAUCCGACCUGAACCUGUGGUUUUACUGGAACCAGACUAUAACAUCUUGUGUGGAGAGUGAAGUCAGAAUUAGGAAAAACAACAACAGCUGGGAGGUUUCACCAAUUUAUAGUGGGCCGCAGAGUUAUUGCCAAAACUUACCCUCCAGCACUGCCAGAUAUGAGCUGCAGGUCAGGAUCAGAUUCAACAACUACUGUGGGCAGUCUGAGUUCUGGAGUGACUGGAGUGACCCUGUGGUCUGGGGAUUCAAUAACACCACAGUAUCAAAUAUUAAAAAUGAGGCAAUGCCAGUGUGGACAGCAGUGCUGUAUGUGGUGAGUGCCAUCACCCUCAUUCUUCUGGUUGUGAUCCUACUGCACAAUGAACGAAUCAAAAUCAUCCUGAUUCCUCCACUUCCCAAACCAGCUCUGAACUCUCCUGAUGUCGAGGAUUGGUUUCAUUUCUCUAAAGGCCUUAUUAAAGAAAGGUUUAACACCAACUUCAAUGAGCGAGCCUGCACCGUGCGUGAGUACCAGCCAGUCUCUCGGUCUGACAGCAAUGGCUCUGACAGCUCUCGCCUCACCACCACCACGGAUCAAACCGACUGCUCUAUCCCCAUCGCAGUGAACGAACCAGAGGACACGUCUGCUCCUUUUUACACCACCGUAAUUGGUUCGGAAGAGGAGCAGCAGGUUUCUGUGUAAAUGUCACCUCAGGCAAAUUUACAUGUCUCAAAGUAAAAAAGAAAAAAAUCCUUCUUUUUAUUUUGCGACAGAUCUCCUGGGUUACUGGAGGAAUAUGUGUAGGAUGUCUUGUAGGGAAAUGGAUGGAAAUAAGAACAUUGAAAACAAUUAGAAAUCAAUAAAUGAAAGAGGGAUCAAGAUUCUAAACUCCAUACUCAAUAUUUCAGAGAUUUGUUAUUCACCUUCAGUUAUAUUAAGUUUGGUUUUUAUUAAUGAGUUUUUCAAUACUUUUUAUAUUACAUAGAUAAAAUUAGCUAGACCACACUGUUAAGUGUGCUUAUUUACUUAUUGCUUAAUUUUCUGUCUUAUAUACAGUACAGACCAAAAGUUUGGACACACCUUUUAAUUCAAUGAGUUUCCUUUAUUUUCAUGACUAUUGA